AUGGAGGGCGGCGGCGAGGUGGGCUGGUACGUCCUCGGCCCGAGCCAGGAGCACGUCGGCCCCUACGCGCUCUCAGAGCUGCGAGAUCAUUUUGCUAAUGGGUACCUCAACGAGAGCACAAUGCUCUGGGCGGAGGGGAGGAGUGAAUGGACGCCACUAUCUUCUAUUCCAGAGCUGCAUUCUGGGGUCACAAAGAAGGAUCAACCUGAACAAGAAACUGAAGAUGAUUUCGAGAAAUUCCAGAAGGAGGUUAUAGAAGCUGAGUCAGAGGUGGAAGCGCUGAAAGCAAAGGCUGCAGAUGGUGACUUAAGCAAAGAGCAUGUCAUUGAUGAUCCCGAUGAGCGGCCAGCAUCCCCACCAGAUGGUGUGGAAGAAUUUACUGAUGAUGACGGCACCAUCUACAAGUGGGAUCGUACUCUGAGGGCAAUGGUUCCUCAAAAUGAUGUAUCGGGUGAAAUGGACAACAAUGGAGAGAAUGACAUAUCACGUAAAAAGGAUGACUAUGAACUUGAAGACAUGACUUUUGCACUCGAGGAAGAAGUAUUUCAACCACCAGAUAUUCCUGGCUCGUCCACAUUGGAUGAAAACCAUGCUUUAACUGAAAAAGAAAACAAAGUGCCAGAGAAGGUAGAUAAAAGACUAGAAAAGAAGCGGAAGUCUGAGAAGCCAACUGAAAAGAAGGAACCUCAGAAACCUCCAGAAAGUUGGUUUGAUCUCAAAGUCAACACACAUGUCUAUGUUACUGGUUUACCUGAAGAUGUCACGGCUGAGGAGUGGAUUCGUUUGCAGAUUGUAGAGGUAUUUUCCAAGUGUGGAAUUAUAAAGGAGGAUCCAGAGACAAGGAAACCCCGAGUGAAGAUCUAUACUGACAAGGAAACAGGCAGGAAAAAGGGUGAUGCACUUGUGACCUAUCUCAAGGAGCCUUCUGUACCUUUAGCAAUUCAAUUAUUGGAUGGAACAUCAUUCCGUCCUGGUGGUAAGACCCUAAUGACUGUUAGCGUGGCCAAAUUUCAGCAGAAAGGUGACGUUUUUUUGGCAAAGAAGGCAGAUAAGCAAAAGAAAAAGAAAGGCAAGAAGGUUGAAGAUAAGAUGCUGGGAUGGGGUGGACAUGAUGAUAAGAAGGUGAUGAUUCCUACUCAGGUGAUUUUGGCGAAUAUGUUCAGUCCUGCUGAAUUGAGAAAUGAUGAAACCCUUCUUCCUGAACUUGAGGUAGAUGUUAGAGAGGAAUGCGUGAAGUUUGGUCCGAUCGACAAUGUCAAGGUUUGUGAAAAUCAUCCACAAGGGGUUGUAUUGGUGAAAUUCAAAGACCGGAAAGAUGGUCUCAAAUGCAUAGAGAAGAUGAAUGGAAGAUGGUUUGGUGGGAAGCAAAUACACGCGAGCGAGGAUGACGGUUCGAUCAAACAUGCUCUGAUCCGUGACUACGAUGCUGAGGUUUCAAGGCUGGAGCGCUUUGGAGAAGAGUUGGAAGAAUCCACAUAA